GGUAACUUAGAGAGUAAAUAUUAGUGGGAUGGAGUAUGAAUCCAUCCAUCACUUUUUACUCAACAUUCUUUGUUUCUAUAUAAUCACACCACUCACCACUCUCCUAGCUAGCCAGCCCUCAUAUUCUUUUGCUCCAACAAUUCUAAACCAGCUCUCAAUCAAUUUCUCAUCUGUUUUCCACUUUUUCUUCAUUUAUUAUACGUUAUGCAAAUCUCUCGAGAAGGCUCCGUAUUGGCCAAGUGCAAUACCACCAAACGCCGAAGCGGCACUUCGUCGCCGGAAAACUCAGGCUGCUCCCCCGGCGGCGGCGAUUGCCAUUCAUCCGCGGCGGCAUCGGUUCCCAACGACGAAGAUGAAGCCCUGGCGAAUUGUUUAAUUCUCCUGGCAGGCGGCGGCGGCGGCGGCCAAACCGGUCCGUUUGCUUACCGGUGCAAGACCUGCGACCGCAAUUUCGCGUCGUUUCAGGCGCUGGGCGGGCACAGGGCGAGCCACAAGAGGCCGAGGACCGGAUUCACCGCCGCCGCGGGAGAAGAAGAAGAAGAAGGUCCACGGAGUCAUACCGCGGGGAUCGCCGCACCGGAAAACAGCAAGGCCCACGAGUGUGCGGUUUGCGGGUCGGAUUUCGGGUCGGGUCAAGCUCUGGGAGGUCACAUGAGAAGGCAUAGAUCCGUCCCCCACUCCCCUGCGAAGCCCCCCACGGGAAGUUACGGUGCGACCCACGGCUCCGGAUCAUCAUCGGGCGGCAGAGAGAUGAUUCUGGCGCUGGAUCUCAAUCUGCCCCCUCCAAUGGAAGAAGAAGAAGAAGAAGAAGACGAUCUCAAAAUGCAAAAUCUCAAGAUGAUUCUGGUGGACUGCCAUUACUGAAACUGAUACGGAGUGUAUUUUCCCAUAUUAUUUGUCAUGCUUUUUCAACCGUUGCACAAAUUUUUGUUUAUUGAUAAAAUAAAAUAUUCUUGACACCUCUUAUUGCGAAAAACUUUUCAUGUAGUUUUUUGAUAUGUAAUUUUUAUUUUUUAUUUUUUAACAAUAUGUAAAUAAAAUGAAUUGAAAAAACUUGA